CACCUGUCACGCAUAUAUACGCAGGCACGAGGCACGAAGCUCACACUUUUUGUGCUUGAGUGGGUAAAGACUCGACAGAGUUCUCUCCUCUUCGCGCGUUUUCGGUAAUUGCUCGAGGAACGUCUGUGUCAGCCGCCAUUCGUCAUGCCUGGACGUCCGCUUUGGCAGGUUGCUGGUAAGAGGGAGGCUAGCCAGGAGGCUGAAGCACAGCACUGGAUAGAGACGGUUGUUGGGGAGAGGUUUCCACCAGGUGUGAGCUAUGAGGACGCCUUGAGGGAUGGUGUCCUUCUAUGCAAGCUCAUGAACAAACUCCAACCUGGCCUUGUCAGCAAGAUCAACACCUCCGGUGGCGACUACAAGAUGAUGGACAAUCUCAAUCAGUUCCAGAAAGCCUGUGUGAAAUACGGAGUACCCGACGUGGACCUGUUUCAAGCGGUCGACCUCAUGGAGAGGAAAAAUAUAGCACAAGUUACCAACACCAUCUUCGCCAUUGGUCGCACGACCUACAGACACCCUGAAUGGCGCGGGCCAUGGCUAGGGCCGAAGCCAGCCGAGGAGAACAAACGGAACUUCACCGAGGAGCAAUUAAGGGCUGGCGAAGGUCUCAUUGGUCUGCAGGCUGGUACUAAUAAGGGCGCUACUCAAGCUGGACAAAACUUCGGCGCCACGAGGAAGAUUCUACUUGGAAAAUAAUAAACAUUGUAUAGUAACACAUUUCUUAUCGGUAGAUUAAGCAUCGAGUAGAGUAUGAUAAUGACCUGUAACCCUUAGACUUUUAUUCUAUGCGAUCGACAUAAGGAGAACCGCAGCAUGUAUAGAUAAUCGUUUUUUAUUUAUUUCAAGUAUACGUCGCGUACAUUUCUAGAUGUCUCUAGAUGAGUAGAACGAUCAUCAAAAUUUAAUUCCUUCGCAUCUUACAAUCAGGGAUUGUAUCGUAAAGCGAGUCAUUAAUAAAAUUCACAUUGUUACAAUA